UUGAAUCCAACCACCAAUAUGACCUUUGGCAGAACCAGCUCCGCCUCGAGUGCCUUCAUUUACAAGAAGAAGAAGAAGAAGAAGAAGAAGAAGAAGAAGAGUGUCUUCAUUUGACCUACUUUCUGGUCUAAUUUCAGCCUAGGGUUCAGACACAAACGUUUUAUUUAGAAACAAUGAGCAUUCCGGUGGUGGACUUCAGCGCGUGCAGCCUCACAGUGGAGGAUAUUUCCCGCGCAGAGUUGAGCCACCUGAGCAGAGACAUAAGAACAGCCUUUACCGAAGUGGGCUUUGUCUUCCUGGACAACACUGGCAUCACUCAGGCGGAGGUGGAUGGUGUCAUGGACGCUUCCAGGAGGUUCUUCCUGCAGCCAGACCACCUGAAGCGGCCGCUGAGAAGGAAAACGUUCCCAAACUGUCCCAACCACGGAUGGGUAGCUCUGGAAACUGAAAGGUUGAAUCCACAAAAGCCAGGAGACCUGAAAGAAGCAUUUAACAUGUCUUCACUACAUCCUGACAUAAAAUGGCCGUCCCCUGAGAUUGUAGCGGGAUUCCAGGAGAGCCAAACGACUUUUUUUCAGCGCUGCAAAGAGCUGAGCCUGCGGAUUUUGAAGGUGAUGGCCCACAGUUUGGAUCUGGACCCCGACGUGUUCCUGAGCGCUCACCGCCUGAUUGGAACUGAUGAAAACGGCACGACGCUGCGUUCGCUGUACUAUCCUCCGGUCAACAGAGAGCUGGCCAAGGAGGGUCAGCUGAGAUGUGGAGAGCAUUCCGACUAUGGAAGCAUCACCUUGUUGUUCCAGAGCUCCGAAGGUCUGCAGGUGCGUCAACGUUCCGGUGAGUUUAUCUGUGCCCCUUGUGUCCCCGGGUCGGUUCUGGUCAACAUCGCCGACCUGAUGCAGCGCUGGACCAGUGACCGCUUUGUCUCUGUGCUCCACAGAGUCUUGCUGCCCCCUGCUGGCGACUCCAGUACACGACAGUCUAUGGCUUUCUUUGUCCAGCCAGACGACGAGGCCGUUAUCACCUGCAUCGACGGCUCCAACAAGUACCCCCCAGUUCAAGGGGGCACCUACCUCACAGAGCGGUUUAACAACUCCUAUGGCCAGGCCUGAACACCCCCCCUCCAGACUUUCAUCUUAAAAUCGACGAUGAAAGCGCUGCAGUCUCACUGUGUAACUCAUUCGGAAAUGGUGUGACCCUUUUUUUAAGAACCCGGUGGACAUGUGAGCAACAAUAAUUUGAGCAACACUACGACGGGAGCGGCGACUUUGAGAUCCCUGAUGAAAUUCUCUAUAAGAGAUAUCGAUUUUUAGCCAAGAGAAUACACUACAUUUCUUCACUUUUUAAGCCGAGCAUAUCAGAAAUACCAGACUUGACAAAGUAAUUUGAUAACCACCGUUGCGGUAUCGUUUAUUUGUUUGGGGAACUUGCUGCAUCUUGAGCACAAAGUUUGUUGAGCCACUUUCACCGUAUACCCCCGCUAGUUAUACCGCUUUAUCAUUGUGCAUUAUGUAUUUAUAAUUGGCAAGGGAUACGUUUGGAACACAAGAGCUGAACAAUUAUAUUGUAACUGAUGUGAAAUGGAUGCGUUGGGGGGGUUUAGAUUAAAUUAGCUUUGCUUCUUCCUACUCCUUUUUGGACAUGUGGAACUGUGAAUCGUACAAUGUGAUGCAUUCCAGCGUAACUUGUAUGCAUGUUCAAAAUGAAUUAAACCAUUAGAUGCACUCCACAGUAUUACGUACACAAGUGAUGAUGAUUGUGCACACAACAGACAGACUCCUCAAGUUAACCUAUAUUUAUUUACAUGAAAAAUACACAACAGCAUGAUUUCAUUUGACAUAAUUACAAUGUAUUCUCAUGCUAUUGUUAUUUUUGAUAAUAGAAUGAGAAGUUGGACUUAAACUGUAAAACGUGUUGUUUGACUGUUCACAUGCUACAUGUUGUUCUACUUGAGUCCUCCAGGUGUCAGUAGCGAACAUGUUAAGAACCAACACACUGUAGUUCGUUGUGUCCAUGGGCCAUACUGUAAAUUCGGUAUUGAUCCCAUACAAGGUAAAUGGAGGGCUAGUAUACUGAAUUUUUUUUACCUGAAAUUUUUCAGGCUCGUUGAACGAUGUUGUGAUCUCGCCUUUACUUUGUUCGUGAUGAUUAUAAUCACAAUAAAUAUUUUUGCCAAACAAAUGA